GCUGACAGGAAAGGGGGAAUGAGAGAGAGGGAGAGACAUUCAGCAAAGGACCACAGGCCGGCUUCAAACCCGCCUCAUCAUUAAACGUGUCCAGCAGAGGGCGCUGUUUCACCGUGUUCAGACCGUCUCCCUGUAAACAAGCUGGCAGCAGGUGGACAGCUGACAGCACCGGGUUCAUUUCAAACAAAACACACCGGAUCGGACCCGAACCAUGGAUCCUCACCAGAACCGGAGGGGAUCAGGGAGGCAGCAGAACUCCAGAGGAAGAAUGAACCCAUCAGGAGCUCCUGGACCGGACCAGGCAGAUCCGAACCUGGCCGAACCGGCAGCUGAGAGUCAGAACCAGGCAGCAGCGGACAGCAGACAGCCGCAGUAUUUAGGCGCGUUCACCGUAAUCCCACCCAACCAAUCUCGCCGGAACGAGAUGAAAGCAAUGGCUCAGAAAGAAGAGGAAGAACUUCAGAGGUACAAGGAGGCAAACCGGCCUCCUCCUCUGCAACUUAAUCCAGAGAGACUAGGUGGUGGAGAUGUAAGCUUAGAUGAAGCCAGGCAGAGACAGUUAACACAACUGAGGAGCUCCAAGCUGCAGAAGAAGCUUAAAGAGGAGGAGGCGAAGAGGAAGAAAAAACAGGAGGAGGAGGAAGAGCUGCAGAGGAUGAAGGACAUUCAGAGGGAGAAGUCUGAACGUCUGGAAGAGAAGAGGAAGCAGGAGGAAGAGGAGAGGAGGAGGCUGCACCAGCAGGAUCGUAUCAGGGCAAACGAGUCCCUCCUGCAGAGACUAGAGAGAUCCGCUGCCUCAUCCAGCGCCGCUGCACGCACAUCAUCCAUGGGGAAUGAAUGGAGUGCUAGUAGAGUUCAAGGGACUUCCCAGAGUUCACACUGAGUGGAGAUGGGCUUUACAGUCACUUACUGUAAAAAUUCAGCAGAAUAUUAAAUCAUUGGAAGGACCUACGUCAGUAGAUGAACCUGCAGAAACCCCCCGUUCUGAAACAGGCAGUCAGAGGCUCUAUCAAUGAGGUCAAGUUACACUUUUUGGUUUUUCUCUUUCCUGUCAGUUUGCUUCUCAGCUCAGCUGAAUGACUAA